AUGGAAGACGACCACGAAGCUCUCGACUGGGGCAACGAAGACGACGAACCACAAAAUCCUUCUCACAAUGGACCUCACUCUCAUAGCAAAGGUUUGGACAUUGAUUACAGGCGAAGUGGCGACACAGAAGAUGUCGAGGAUGCUGUCUCUCUCGGAGGAGACGAGGAUGACAUUCAGGACUACAUGACCUACCAGAGCAGCUCUGACAAGCCUGGCAAUGUCAAGGCGACACCUGCUCCUCCAGCUUGGCAAAGGGCUCGAGGCGAUGCGUCCAAGGUGGAGGCGGAACGCGACACGACGCCCAGCCCUCGAAGGGAGUCAUCACCAUUGUUCCAAAGCCCUACACGAGCAAACUCCUCAUCCAAUCGAAUUCAUCCGCCUCCCCAAAAUCUCACUCAUGCUCUACCUCCCAAACCUGUUGUCUCCUCGGCAUUCCUGGCUAUGCCUUCGACGACAGCAGCAAGCCCGAUGUCUAUGGCGCGCCGAGACAAGGAGCGACGUGUUAAUGGAAUGGAAAAAGCUAUCGAUUCCGUAGAAUCUCUGCCAUCUGAUUGGGAGGUUAGAUAUUCUCGCAGUGGUGGGCGAGAUGCUUAUUAUUACAACCUCAAGACGUUUGAGUCUACGUGGAUUCGUCCAAGUAUGAACGACGGAAGAUCACCUUCACACUCCGGCAAAAGCAGGCCCAGGGGGGAUAUUGGCAUUUCUUGGAUAGUUGGGCGAGAUGAUGAUGUGUUGACUAACGAUAUACCAGCUCCUCGUGCCCGUGUUGGUGAGGUGCCGCACGACGAUGGACUCUCUUACGAUGAUCGUCAUUACAGACCUGGCGACGCCUUGCCACCUCCUGGAGCGAAUCAGGCCAACGCUCGCGAAGAUAGGCCGCACCCCAGCGCAUCAUCUCGCUUGCAGCCUUCUGGGAGAGAAACACCAGAUUUCGAUGACCUGGAACGGCGGCAGCCACAGGGUGAUUACCAGCAUGAACUUGUAGACGGUCCUAGGCGUGGACGCAGAGGUUCUUCUGUACAACCUCGAGACAACGGUGUACAUCGAGCGUCCGACAAGGACGACUUGCGUCCUGGUGCUCCUUUUUCCUAUCAUGACUCUGAUCACAGGCAGGACAUCCAUGAUCCAUACGCUCGUGAUGCUCCUCGUGCUCCAUCAACGUACAAUCGUCCUUACCAAUCAGACGUCUUCGCAGGUCCUCGGGAGGGUCCUCGUGAAGCUCAUGUCUCUCAGGAACUCCAUUCUAGUGGUCAAAAUGCUACGUGGGCAUCAUCGGCUCCAAGUACGUUGUCCACAUCAUCCCCUCACCCUUCCACCUCUCGUAUCGUGCGCCUCGGCUCCUCCCGAGGUGGAGGACCUGCAUCUAUGGAUAGUCUCGAGAAGCCUUGGGAGUCGAGCUGCGCUGCGCUCAUCGACCUUGUCCUGAACCGACUCAUGGGCGCUCAUGAUGGACCUCUGCGUCUUGCUUCCACUUUCUCCCAUCCUUUCCAUUAA